AUGGUGGAUAGCCUCCAGGCUGCCCGCCUGACUGGCUUCGACGUGGUGGACAGCCUCCAGGCCGCUUGCCUGACCGGCUUCAACGGGGUGGGCAACCUCCUGGCUGCCCACCUGAACUUUUUCCCCAUCAUCACCUUUAAUGACUGCCAACUUUUCUUCUCAGGAAUUCACACCUCUCAGCCAUUAGCCUCCCCCUUCAUUCCAGAAGACUUCAUUUCACAGCCCCCUUCCCCCACCUCCAUCUUGUCCCUAUCAACUCUUCAGGUGAGGAAUGAGCUGCGAAAGAUCAAGUUUGCCUACCGGCCUGGCAUCGGGGUGGAUGAUGCCAUCAUCUACCUCAGGCACCAAGCUCUGACCCACCUGGAGAAACCUGGAAGCACUGUGAGGAUCAUGUUCUUUGAUUUCUCCAGUGCUUUCAACACCAUCCAGCCAGGACUUCUGCGGGACAAGCUGGAGUUAUCAGGAGUGGAUCACCACAUGUCCCAGUGGAUACUGGAUUAUCUCACUGGACGCCCACUUACGGGGGUCCCACAGGGAACUUCGCUGGCACCGUUCCUCUUCACCCUCUACACUGCAGACUUCACCAUCGACUCCCCACACUACCAUCUGCAAAAGUUUUCUGAUGACUCUGCCAUAAACCACCUCCUGAUCAAUGCUGCUAAAACUAAGGAGCUGGUUGUAGAUUUCCGCAGGCACAGGUCCACCUCACUGAUCCCGAUGAACAUCCACGGUGUGAACAUCGAGAUUGUGGACUCUUACAAAGCGCCAUCUGUUGGCGGUCUCAGGGAAACUCUGAAAAACUCCGUCCUCCGGCUGCGAUGCAGGCCGACAGACAGCAAAGAGGCGCACCGGUUGGGGGUGACGUCAGCUGCUCUGCAGACGGAGCGUUAUCUCCUCCCACCUCUGAACAUGUACACCAACAGCAUGUAUGGGCGUUACACCCAAGAACUUGGGGUGUACGCCAAAGAAGAGGCUGCUCGCCUGAGGGAGAGUGGGCAGAGGCGGUCAACCAGUGAGCAAAGCCGGUCCCUGGACCUGCUCGAGUACAAGGGACGCUGUGCUAAGUGCCACAAGAGAAGGAACAGCUUUUCCUACCGAUUGGAGGCGCCGUCUCAGAACACAGUUAAGAUCUGCACGGUUCGCUGUCAGAAAUUCCUCAUCUCACGUGUUGGAGAGGACUGGAUCUUCCUCAUCCUGCUGGGACUCCUCAUGGCCCUUGUGAGCUGGGUGGUAGACUUCUGUAUCGCCAUCUGUCUACAAGCACAAAUGUGGAUGUACGGGGGUCUUGACAGCAAUGUGUUCCUCCAGUAUCUGGCCUGGGUCACCUACCCUGUAGUCCUCAUCACCUUUUCUGCUGGCUUCACCCAGAUCCUUGCCCCACAGGCCGUUGGCUCCGGUAUUCCAGAGAUGAAGACCAUUCUUCGAGGAGUGGUGCUGAAGGAGUACCUCACCUUUAAAACGUUUGUGGCCAAAGUCAUCGGCCUCACCUGUGCUCUGGGCAGUGGCAUGCCACUGGGCAAAGAGGGUCCUUUUGUCCACAUCGCCAGUCUUUGUGCUGCUCUCCUUAGCAGGUUCAUGUCUCUGUUUGGAGGAAUCUAUGAGGAGCCUGCACUUAUAGGGAUUAAGGACCUCAGUGUUCUGGAUAUGAAGAAUGAGUCAAGGAACAUCGAGAUGCUGGCAGCAGCCUGUGCGGUGGGAGUGGGCUGCUGUUUUGCUGCUCCAAUCGGAGGAGUGUUGUUCAGCAUAGAAGUAACAUCCACGUUCUUUGCUGUGAGGAACUACUGGAGAGGUUUCUUUGCAGCUACUUUCAGUGCCUUCAUCUUCCGAGUGCUGGCUGUUUGGAACAGAGACGAAGAGACCAUCACAGCUCUUUUUAAAACUCGUUUCCGGCUCGACUUCCCCUUUGACCUCCAGGAGCUUCCUGCCUUCGCCGUCAUAGGUAUUGCCAGUGGAUUUGGUGGGGCUUUGUUUGUCUACCUGAACCGACUGAUUGUCCAGUUCAUGAGAAAACAGAAGACCAUCAAUAAAUUCCUCAUGAAAAAGGCCAAAACCUCUGGUCAGCAGCUGACCCAGAAGGAGUCUUUGGUGACCUUGUUUGACAACCGGACGUGGGCCAAACAGGGCAUCGCUGAGGAGUUUGAUUAUAUUGGAAGCGCUCAAGCCUGGAAACACCCAGAGGUCAACGUCUUUGUCACCCUGGUCCUCUUCAUUGUCAUGAAGUUCUGGAUGUCUGCCCUGGCCACCACCAUCCCGGUACCUUGUGGAGCCUUCAUGCCUGUAUUUGUCAUUGGGGCAGCCUUUGGUCGUCUUGUUGGAGAAAGCAUGGCCGCCUGGUUCCCAGAUGGUAUUCACUCCGAUGGGUCCAUCUACCAUAUAGUGCCUGGAGGCUACUCUGUUGUGGGUGCAGCAGCCUUGUCAGGAGCGGUGACCCACACUGUUUCCACUGCAGUCAUUGUGUUUGAGCUGACUGGCCAGAUCUCCCACAUCCUGCCGGUAAUGAUAGCCGUGAUACUGGCCAACGCGGUGGCUCAGUCUUUGCAGCCCUCCCUAUACGAUUCCAUCAUCAGGAUCAAGAAGCUACCCUACCUACCAGAGCUGGGCUGGGGUCACCACGAGAAGUAUAACAUUCGUGUGGAAGACAUUAUGGUGCGAGAUGUAAGGUACAUCACUCUUAACUGUUGCUAUCAAGAUCUGCACAACGUCCUGAUGUCGGGCCAUCUCAAGACUCUGGCUCUGGUGGAAUCAGCUGAGUCGAUGAUCCUGUUGGGCUCUAUCGAGCGUGCCCAGCUCCAGUCCCUGCUCUCCCAGCAGCUCAGUCGCAGCAGACGGCUGCAGUACGUCAAGGAGCGAGCUGCUGCUGAGAAGAAACGCCUGUCUGAUGUGUCCAACAGCGACAGUGAUGAUGGACGGACACGGGCCAGUCAGGAGGUCCGCUUCCAGAUCUCUACUGAGGAGUCCACCUUCAGUCCAUCUCGUCCAGUUAGCCAGAAGCCCCUUAAACCUGCCCUGAAAAGACCCUCAGUGAUGGAGAAAUCCACUGAACUACCUACCAAUCCACAUGAUCGUUCAAACAUUGCACUAAAGAACCUGUUUUGCAGCAGUCCAGACGCAGAAGCCCUUGAGAAAAACAACAAUUUGGAGAGCCCAGUGUCUCCUGGGCUCAGGAGAUCAUCUAAACGAGUCCGGAUAUCUGUUGUGGAGGAUGAUGUGGAAGACGACAUGACCCUCAGAGAGACUCACACCAUUUUUUCCCUGCUGGGCCUCGACCAUGCCUACGUCACCAGCAUUGGACGCCUCAUUGGGGUGGUUUCCCUCAAGGAGCUCCGUAAGGCCAUUGAGGGCUCAGUGACAGUGAAAGGUGUGAAGGUGCGUCCACCCCUGGCCAGUUUCAGGGACAGCGGCACCAGCAGCAGCGAGACCGAAGCCACUGAGCUCCACAUGCUGUGGGACCGUCACAAGAGUGUGUCGCUGCCUGGUGAUCACAACCCGUCAGAGUCUGAUGAAAAGUCCCAGUGAGAGGCAGCGGGGAGUAAAGAUUGUUUGGGGAAAGAGAAUGUGGAGGAAGUUCUGAAGUGUUGAAGCUCCAAAGCCACAAAUAUGCAUAACUCCUCAGGGCAAAGAAUUGAUAAUUUGUGGAAAGAGGUCUACUGCUACUCUCCUCAGCUGUUCCUCUACAUCCUCCAGUACCAUCAGUUUUCCUUCAUGACCCACUUUCUCCAGGAACCUUGCACUAAUCCAGUCUGACACUCCACGGGAGGAGUAGAGCACCUGCCUGUGUCCUGCUCUCCGUUUAGCCUCGAGGUCCCACAAAAGAACACAUUGGUCAAGUGCAAAGCUGGGACCAGUUUAAAAAAAGGGAAGUUUUUGUUUGUGUAUA